UCAGUGAGGCUCAAAUACAGAGCAGUCAGGAAAGAAAUCCCUGUGUGUAUUCUGCUCACAAAGCAAAGCCUUUCACAGAUCUAGCCUUAAACUCUUUACACAAAAAAUGAUGAAAUAUAAGCACCUUCUGAGUUGGCCCAUAGACGAUUUUCCAAAGGGAAAAAAGAGCAUCCACUUGUUACCAUGUAUGGUGUCUUCUGAGCCUGCUAAACAAUCAAAAAAAGACAGUAAUUCAAAAUAUCAAACUAUUGAAGUUAUCUACCAAGAUAACAUCACUAAAAUAGUACUAAGACGGCCUGAGAAAAAGAAUGCUUUUAGUAUACAGAUGUACAAAGAAGUUUCUUCUGCACUACAUGAAGCUGGACAGGAUGAUUCUGUAUUAACUGUGGUGACAGGACAAGGAGACUAUUUUAGCAGUGGCAAUGACUUAAAUAAUGCACUUCAACCUUUCACAGGAAGCCUUGAUGAGAGGGUGAAAGGAACCACAGAGAUCGUGAGGAAAAUGGUGUGUUCAGUCAUUGAUUUUCCGAAACCUCUUGUAGCGAUGGUAAAUGGGCCUGCAAUUGGGAUUGCCACAACUAUUCUUGGCAUUUUUGACCUUAUAUAUGCUUCUGAUAAGGCCACUUUUAAUACACCUUUUAGCAAUUUGGGACAACAUCCAGAGGGCUGUUCGUCUUAUACAUUCCCCAGGAUUAUGGGUUUGGCAAAGGCAACAGAGGUUCUGCUUUUCAAUAAAACAUUGACUGCUCGGGAAGCUUGUAAUGUGGGCCUGGUCACUGAAGUCUUUCCUGAUGCCACUUUCCAGCAAGAAGCCUGGUCUAGAUUAAGAGAUUAUGCUACUUUACCAAAAAAUUGCUUGGCCCUGUCCAAACAAUUGAUUCGCAAUGUGGAGAAAGAAAAACUUCAUGCAGUUUGUGAAACAGAGUUUGAACUUCUUGCUAAAAGAGCAAAUUCAGAGGAUGUCAUCAAUGCUAUACAACGGUUUUUCCAAAGGAAAGCAAAGCUGUGAUGUUUCUUUUCGACUUAGAUAGCAUAACUAUUGUCACAAUAACAGUUAUUUUAUGGAUACACAAUUACACAUUAUGGAAAUAUUAUACAAAGGAAGAUUAAAAAGGACGGGGCAAAACUAUAGCCUUGGUAUUCAUAACCCAAAAAAACACAAAUGUAUUAAAGCAGAACACCAGAACAUAA